AAUUUCCGCAUCGAUUUUCCUUCAAGGUAGUCAAAAAAUUUGAUGGGUUCGCACGGACGUGGCGCAUUUAGCCACAAUAAAACCCUAAUCGGUUAUCGCACAAUUUCCUUUCGGUUUAAUCAGUGAGCUGCAAUCAGUGAAAUGGCUCCAAACAAUGAAAACGAAUUCAAAGGGCGUCUCAUUGCCGCCGUUAAAAAGGAAGUCAAACAAGUGAUGGAGGAGUCGGUGACUCGAAAAUUCGUCCACGAAGAAAGUGGCUCUGUGACGUCGCUGUGUGCGGCCGUGGAGGCGUGUUUGUCCCAGGGGUUGAGACGCCGCGCUUUGGGGCUUUUUAAAACCUCGUCAACGACGGCCCUCUUGCACAAAAUCGCAAAGCAUUGCAAGGAAGCGGCGAUUAUUUCCAAAAGGGUGCAGGAAAUUGAAAAUGCGGAUCCGACUAGAAGGUCGUCGAGUAGUAGCGAGAGUAUGAAUAAGCCAACUUUGAAGAAAAAUGCUUCUUUGCCCUCGAACCCGCUGCCGAAGUAUUUGUGGAUUCGGCUGGCUUUGUUCGAGAAACAGUUGGCGAAAAUUAUAGAUUAUUUGGUUUCGAAUGCUAAUAAGUAUUACGAUAAGGAUGCGCUCGUGGCUGAUCCAGAUUAUGGGAGUAUAUUAAGCUCGCUGCUAGUGGGGCCCUGUGCUCUGGAUUAUUCCAGGACUAAGACACCGGACCAUUUCUGGACGGAUCCACCAGCUGACGAGUUGGUUCAAAGACAUCGAAUUUCAAGUGGGCACUCAACCCCGCCAUCAGUCCGUCGCCCAAUCCUCAAUUUCCGGCGUUCCCUCAACGCCAGUUCCGACGAUUCGAUAACAAAUCGAACCAACACCCAGCACUUGGCUAAAGACUACGUCGAAAGUCUGCACCAAAACUCUCGAGCCACUUUACUAUUCGGCAAAAACAACGUUCUAGUAUUGCCUGUAAACGCCGAUGUUUCCCAACCUAUGCCCGGCUACCUCAGUCUGCACCAAACCGCAAGCGGUUUAACGAUCAAAUGGACGCCUAAUCAAUUAAUGAACGGCUUCACUGACGAAGUCCAGGAUAAAAGUGUGUACUGGGAUUAUGCUUUGCAAGUGCGCCUCGAUGAGAUUGUCUACGUGCACUGUCACCAGGACAGUGAAACUGGAGGCACUGUUAUUCUAGUGGGCCAGGAUGGGGUGCAAAGACCACCGAUUCAUUUCCCGAAAGGGGGGCACAUGUUGGCCUUUCUCAGUUGUAUUGAGACGGGGUUGUUGCCAAGGGGGCGUCUGGAUCCGCCCUUGUGGUCGCAGAGGUCGGGGACUAAUUCCAAUAAACGCCGAAGGCCUCUUCCGGCUCUUUCCGAGACGGAGGAGACCACCAAAGAUUACGUUUUUCGGAUUGCUGAUAACAGCACCCAUAAAGACAUGCUUAAACGAAACGAACUAAUGGACACGCACAUUUCCUUGCCGCCUAAAGCCCGCGUCCAACUCCCCAGCACAAGUACAAGUUCCGAAAGCUCAACCAAGAGCUUUAGUAUAGACCAAAACGCGCCCGACAGUCCGCCAAGUAUUUGUAUUCAAGCAGUCUGUGAUUCCAUGAAACGCCAAAUCAUCUCUAGGGCUUUCUACGGCUGGCUGGCUUACUGCCGCCAUUUAUCCACCGUCAGGACCCACCUUAGCGGAUUAGUUAAUUCGAAAAUCGUCAACGGAGAGGGUGCCAGUGACGGCAUCACCGUAGAGAAAUGGAACGAACUGUGCAUCGACGGUGUAGUGAGUGACUAUGAGGAAGUUUACCGUCUCACUUACUUCGGGGGCGUAGCCCACGACCUCCGCAAAGAGCUCUGGCCCUACCUCCUGGGCCACUACAAAUUCGGCAGUACAGCCCAGCAACGACUAGAACUAAGCGAAGAGACCAAACAAGCGUACGAAAACACCAUGUCCGAGUGGCUGGCAGUGGAGGCAAUCGUGCGACAACGGGAUAAAGAAACGCAAGCCAAUGCUAUCGCAAAACUGAGCAGUGAAAGUAUGAGUGGAGAGCAAGUGCCAGCUCAGAUCCAGCGCGACCUAAGCAAUGAAGUUUUCGAAGAUAUGUUAAGUGAUGAGGAUUCGGAGGAAAAACCGCCACAAACACGACGGAACACUAUUAGGUAUGAGAGCGAUGGGGAAGUGGCAGAAGAUGAAGUACAAGUUAAUACACAUGAGGAGUUGAAAGAUUUUAUACAUAAUGUUAUUGUGACUAACGCUAGCGUGGAUAUGGGGAAUUUGGGUAAUGAUAACGAUGUAAGUCAUAAAAAUAACUUGGAUGCGGUUGCUGAAGAAAAUUCGUCACUUGAUGCCUGUAUUGAAGCGCAUGGGUUGGCAUCACCGGCUAGGUCGGCCUGUGUUUCCCCGGCUAGCUCCAAUGGAGGGGUGUACAGUCAAGAACUGCUCGAGACUUUCGGCCUGAACCUGCACCGAAUCGAAAAAGACGUGCAGCGAUGCGACCGCAACUAUUGGUAUUUCACAGUCGACAAUCUCGAAAAACUACGCAACGUCAUGUGCACGUACGUCUGGGAACACUUGGACAUUGGCUACAUGCAAGGAAUGUGUGACUUGGUCGCCCCUUUACUAGUAAUUUUCAACGACGAAUCAUUAACUUACGCCUGCUUUUGCCAUUUGAUGGAACGAAUGGUUGAAAAUUUCCCAAACGGCAAUGCCAUGGACUGCCACUUUGCCAACAUGCGCUCUCUGAUCCAAAUCCUCGACUCAGAAAUGUACGAGCUGAUGCACUCACACGGCGAUUACACACACUUUUAUUUCUGCUACCGCUGGUUUUUGCUCGACUUUAAAAGAGAGCUGGUUUAUUCGGAUGUUUACGCGACUUGGGAGGUGAUUUGGGCCGCACAACACGUUGCCUCAAGUCAUUUUGUCCUGUUUUUGGCCUUGGCCCUUUUGGAAACGUACCGAGAUAUUAUCCUGUCCAACUGUAUGGACUUCACAGACAUAAUCAAGUUUUUUAACGAAAUGGCUGAACGACACAACGCUUCAGCCGUUCUGUCUCUGGCCAGAGAUUUGGUGCUCCAACUGCAACUGUUGAUUGAAAACAAGUAGAACUCGAUGUAGUGUCUCUAUUUUACGUACUAGAUGGAGGAGAAAUCAAAAAUACCUCACUAUUUUUAAAAUGUUAGGUCUCGGGCGAGGUGAUUGUUUCAUUAACCCAACAAAGUGUGCCAAAUGUUUCAGUUUUUGGAAAUAAUUGGUUAAAUGUGCUUCAUAUUUUUAUAUUAUUGUUGUUGCAUUGGCGUUUUUUUCGCAACGUUUGGAUUCUAAAGUGUUAACGGUUUGUAAGAUACGAUAUUUAUUUUGUUAAAAAAGAUAGUUUGUGUAAAAUAUUAAUAUACAUAUGAAUAUAUAUUUUAUAAAAAGUUAGGGAAGGUGGAAUUCAAUUCUAUAUUCUGUAGUUUAUACACUUAACAACAAACAACUAUUACCAAAUACAAAUAUUACAACGUCUUAACUUACCACUAUUUUCAUGUAUGAAUGUUUAAAUGUGCCUUUUUUAAGCAUCUUUCACACAGUAUUUUAUCCGUAUCAAGACGUAACAAAGUUCAAGCGGGACUUUAUUGCAAACAGUGCCAAAGCAGGCCCGCUUAGCUUUCUUAUCUGAUGAUUUAACGAAAUGUAAAUAGAACAUAUCAAUCUUCUUAUCUCAUGUUGUACCAAAUAUAGUAAUUAUUUAAUAUA